AAUAGAUUUAUAAAUUUUAGACAAUGUCAAUUUUAAUACGUUUAUCUUUUCAUCUCAUCAUCAUUGUUUUGUCAACGCAAAGUGUACCUACUUUUGUUGUUCCCAAGAACUAUAUAAUUUAUAUGGGAUCUCAUUUAUCGGCUAGUCCUGAGGAUAUUACUGAUUCACACCAUGCCUUGCUUUCUUCCGUAUCAUUAAGUGAUUAUGAUCCCUCAAAGAUUGUAUACUCAUUCAAUAAAUAUUUUAAUUGUUUUGCGGCGACUUUACAAGAAGAGGAGGCUCGCAAGCUUGCUACGCAUCCAGAAGUUGUAUCAAUUACUGAGAGUCGAAUAGUAAAACUUGCAACAACUCAUUCGCCUGAUUUCUUAGGAUUACAUGAAGAGUAUGAAGAGGGUUUCCACGUCAAAGGUUCUAUUUGGAAUAUAUCUUCAUAUGGAGACAACAUAAUUAUAGCAAACAUUGAUUCUGGUGUGCACUCAAAGCAUAUUAGCUUUUUCGACGAAAGUUUAGGGUCUAUUCCAAAAAAGUUCAAAGGAGUUUGUGCGAAUGAGCAUGAUCCAAUAUUCAAGUGUAAUAGAAAGCUUAUAGGGGCACGAUACUUCUGCAAAGGUUUGUUGGAACAAGCCAAGUUAUACAAUAUGACGCUCAACGAUACACUAAGCCCUAGAGAUGAAGAAGGUCAUGGUAGUCACACUCUAUCAACAGCAGGAGGGAGUUUUGUUAGCGAUGCAAGCUUGAAUGGGCUAGCAAAUGGAACUGCCAUGGGACUAGCACCCAAAGCACGACUUGUUGCUUACAAGGUUCAUUGGUCAAGAGGUGCUAGCGAAAUGGAUAUGUUAGCUGCUUUUGAAGCUGCUAUUGAUGAUAAUGUUGACAUUAUCAAUCUUUCUAUGGGUAGUGUAGAACCAGGGUUUCUGGAUUCAGUUGCUGUUGGUAGUUUUCAUGCUAUGAAAAAUGGUAUCCUUACAAUUGCAUCAGCUGGGAACAAGGGACCUGCUCUUGGGACUGUUUUGAACGUCUACCCAUGGGUGUUAACAGUUGCUGCCAGCACAAUUGAUAGAGAGUUCUUUUCUAAUCUCUUACUUGGGAACAAUAUAACCAUUAAGGCAUCACGAUACUUUGAUUUACAAGUUCUUGAUUCAAAAACGUUUUAUCCAUUGAUAACUGGUAUAGAAGCACGCGUUUCUGGAGCUAAUAUCAAUGAUGUGUUACAUUGUCAAGAUGGAUCUUUAGAUGCCUACAAAGUGGUCGGAAAGAUAGUAGUAUGUGGUUAUAAUGGAACAGCUGUCGUUCAAACUAUAACAAGUAUUACUAUUAAAAAAGCUGGAGGUAUUGGAGUUAUCUUUGUUAAGGACGAGAAAGUAGGAUCUGAAAUUUUCCUAAAGUCACCCCGUGUCGUCUCUGCUGCUUUGAUUAGCUACAAUGAUGGUCAAACUCUUUUUUCUUACAUCAACUCUACCAGGACACCUAUUGUAUCCUUUGGUGAAGCAAUAACUUCAUUAGGCAUAAAGUCUGCUCCUAUUAUGGCUGAUUUCUCAUCAAGGGGUCCUCAUCCACACUAUUUUAAUUCUGGUGUUUCAAAGCCUGAUGUAACAGCUCCGGGUGUAGAUAUCCUAGCAGCUACUUCUAAUUCCAUAGUAAAAAAAGAAAAUCCAUUUCUACUCAUGUCUGGAACAUCAAUGUCAAGCCCUCAUGUCAGUGGUAUUGCAGCUCUAAUAAAAAAGAUACACCCUGAUUGGUCAACGGCCGCUAUUCAAUCGUCUUUAAUGACUACAGCAACCCCUUUAGAUAAGAAGGGAAUGCCGAUACGUGAUAAUGAUGGAGUGAGUGAAGCGACACCUUUGGCAUACGGGUCGGGUCACAUACGACCUAAUCUGGCAAUGGAUCCUGGUUUAGUUUAUGACAUGAAUGAAUAUGAUUAUCUUAAUCUCCUUUGUGCAAUUAAUCAUAACAACACAAUAUUGGAAAAGUUGAGUAAGCAACAUUCAUAUGAUUGUACUCGCAAUUUCAGCGCAUUAGAUCUAAACUAUCCCUCCAUAUAUGUUCCUGAGUUUACUGGAAACGCCAUUAUCAAUCGCAAGUUGAAAAAUGUUGCACAACCAAGCACUUACCUGCCUCGCAUCGAGGCCCCACAUGGAGUUUCAAUCAUUGUGGAGCCUAACACACUAGUAUUUUCUGAACACAAUCAACAAGUACCAUUUAAACUUACUUUAAUAGCUAAUCUCAAUCUUCUUUCUUCUGAUUACAUCUUUGGAAGUUUAGUUUGGUGUGAUGCGAAACAUGUUGUUAGGACUCCUAUUAUUGUGAAGCCAAAGAAAAUCUAG